GCCAUGUCGUCAUGGUGACGCAGUGCUCGCCGCCCCGCCCCGCCUCUUCCACUCUGGCUGCAAUAACGGGGUCUAGCACAAGAGGGCGCAGAUCUCUAUACACUAAUCUUCUCUUCGUGUCAUCCCGGCACCGCAUUCCUUUUAGCUCUCACUUCUCCUCAGCUUCUCCGGUCCUCCCCAGUCUCUUGUUUUGGGGGUUUGUUUGUCCUCCUCUUCUAGUUUUCGAGCCACUAGGUGACAACGAUCAGCUGAUCAGCGCAUCAGCAGGAGUGAAGGAGACGUGAUUAGGGGCUUAAAAGCAUAACGGGACGCACGGGGACGCACGAGACUCCGGUACCUUUGGUGACAGUGAAUGUGUGCACUGAAACCCUACAAACUCUACAUAAGAUAACCAAAGGACAUACAAUCGGAUACUAAAAAACCCCUCUCUAACACAUAAUAAAGAGGUGUGGGCUGACAUAAAUGGCUAACAAACAGAUCAGUUUGCCUGCCAAGUUAAUAAAUGGGGGUAUCGCCGGCCUGAUUGGUGUCACCUGUGUGUUUCCCAUCGACUUGGCCAAGACCCGCUUACAGAACCAGCAGAAUGGCUCUCGCCUCUACACCAGCAUGUCAGACUGCCUUAUCAAAACCAUUCGCUCAGAAGGAUACUUUGGAAUGUACAGAGGUGCCGCUGUGAAUUUAACUCUUGUUACUCCGGAGAAAGCCAUAAAGUUGGCUGCCAAUGAUUUCUUUAGGCAGUACCUUUCCAAGGACGGGCAGAGGCUCACACUGUUUAGAGAAAUGCUGGCAGGCUGUGGUGCAGGUACAUGUCAGGUCAUUGUUACAACACCUAUGGAGAUGCUGAAAAUCCAGCUGCAAGAUGCAGGAAGAAUUGCUGCUCAGAGGAAACUGAUGCCACAAGCCGUGUCUCCAGGUGGCCCUGUUGAGGUGAAGAGUCCAACUGCUAUGCAGCUCACACGAGAGUUACUGAGGGAAAAAGGCAUUGCUGGACUCUACAAAGGGCUAGGAGCCACUCUGCUCAGGGAUGUCCCUUUCUCGAUAAUCUACUUUCCUCUGUUUGCUAAUCUAAACAACUUGGGGAAGAAAGGAGAGGAUGGUCCUGCUCCCUUCUACGUCUCCUUUAUAUCGGGCUGCAUCGCUGGCAGUACAGCUGCUGUGGCUGUCAACCCUGUAGAUGUGAUAAAAACCAGACUGCAGUCACUAACACGUGGUAGUCAGGAGGACACAUACAGUGGGGUGACUGACUGCAUCAGGAAGAUUCUGCAUAACGAAGGUCCCGCUGCCUUCCUGAAAGGUGCAUACUGCCGUGCUCUUGUCAUUGCGCCGCUCUUCGGGAUCGCUCAGGUUGUCUACUUCCUGGGUGUUGGUGAAUUCAUCCUCAGCUUUUUACCCAAGCGGAACAAUUAACUGAUUGGUUCUGCAUUCCCAUCUACACUGUACCAAUUAAGACCUCUUCCCUACUGCCUCCAAAUCAACUCCAUGUGUUGACUGGAGGUGGCAUAAUUUCUGUCUGUUUAUUUUAUCAUUAUGUAAUUUUGCUGGAAUGUAUGUUUCAUUUUUGGAUGAAUGUGACAAUCAAAUAGUGAUGAGAAGAGAUUUGUUUUUUCCAAAGCAAAUUUUGCCAAAUUCCCUGAGAGGGCCUGUUAGUCCUCAAUCGAAGCACAGGACAUGAAUUUCUUAAUUCAACAUACCAUAUUUGUUGGUUAUAUGUUAAUGGUACACUACAUGAAAUUUUAACGAUAACAAAUUAUGCGAUUUUAAUUACAGGGGGGAAAAAACAACACUUUAAUGCUUGUGAUGAACUUUGGUUAGAUUAGUUGCUUCUCAUUACGAUAUGAAUUCUCAAAAGCCUAGAAUGUGUAUUUUUGGCCUUGAAUGACCUUGAGACAUUAUUUGUGUUUAUACGAAUAUCUAGAGUAAACACACACACAGAGACAGACAGACAGACACACACACACACACACACACACACAUGCUCAUGCACACACACUGAUGUUGCGCUUCGAGUCUGAUGAUAGCAGCGUACACAGCACAGAUGACUCAUGUGAGCUCGGGCCGUCUAACACUACAGCUUUCCGUCUGUGGAGAGAUUACGCACUACGUCACAUAGAGUACUGUUUGAAUAAACCGAAUGCACACUACGGCUGCGUCAUUAAGAGCUAAAAGUAGCAGUUUCCACUUUGGCUUGUUGGUUGUAAUCCUCUUCCGCUUACCGGCUCCCCUCUGGCUAGAACUAGCCCUGGCACUAAGAACCAUGACAAAAAAAAUAAUUCUUUUGUCACACGUGUGUAUUUAUUCUCAGACUUCUUACAUACAGUACACUGAGAGCAACUUUUAAUGCAUUACAGCCCCCAAAUCAGAGCUGAUUAUAGUUUUCCGAGGCAUUUCACCUAGCACUCCCCCCCCCCGAAAGCACAAACAUUGCCUAUGUGUAAUCACAGAUCCUGCUUGUACAGUAUUGGCAGCAGCCUUGCUCUCAUGAGCUUGUGUUUAAAGUCUUAUUACAGCUGCUUGUGAGCUUUCGAAUAAAAGGAGAAUGUCAGGUAAAAGGUGCUGCAUGCUGAGCCACCACCCCCCCCUUUUUUUAUAUAAACAGCAACAGGCUGUUCUUUGUAGUUUUAGUUAUUGCAAGCCUAAUUAGAUUACAUCUAAUUGAAUCGCAUUUUACUGCUCCUACACUACAGGGUUUUGAUGCUGUAAGUCUAAUCUAGCAUCAUCUUUACAUUUGUUAACCUGCAAACCAGAUCUGAUACAUUAGAUAAUUAUAUUCUUUGAGUUGGUACCGGCAUGCGGGGUGAAACGUCCAAUAGUGCGGUGUCAAGUAAUCCUUAGAUAAAUAUGUAUUUGGACUAUGGGACAUUUUUCACCUGACAUUUGGACAAAUUGCCAUGCAGAUAUAAUUUAUAAGCAGAUAUAAGCUCUUACAACUGACAAAUGACUAAAGCAUUUCUCAUACAAGACUAUUUUAAAUGAAGAAGCCAAUGCUGUUACUUUAGGGAUGGCCUUUAUUUAAUUUCUUUUAAUUUUUUUUCAAUCAGUAAGAGAUUGAUGAUGUAAUUAUAUCAUUAACGUAUUUUUUCCCCUCAUAUCUCACCCCCCAAUGCAUUGCGUGCACACGGUGCGUUGUGGCCUCUUAUUGGCUAGCGAGAGAUGAAGGUGACUUUGAAGAGUGAUAGCUAAUCAUAUGAUGUCUUUUCAAUGCUGUGUAGUGAAAGGGCAAAAGCACAUGCUGAGUGAUGUUUUAAAAAAGAUCCUGUCUUAUCUGCUGGGAGUGAAAUGAUAUUUAUCAAGAAAAGUCCUUACUAUACUAUACUAUAUAUAUAUUUGUAUUUGUUGAUUGUCUGUAUUGAUGGUUCCAUGAAUAUGUGCAGAUUAUAGUUUUGCUUUUUGUUUUUGUUACGUAGGCUUAUUUUGCACACUACCCUUCCGCUUCCCUCCUCCUCCUCAUGCUCUCUUUUACACUUUUACAUUUUUUUUGACAGCACUUGAAUCCCGGAGCAUUAGGACCCGCACGAGAAAUUUACGUUGACUUACAGUAUAUGAACUGCCACAGUUGCUGCAUUUCUUCAGUUCAGAAUCUCCAAACAGAUCGAGUUCUGCUGUAGGCUUGAAUAAGUGCUGAUGAAAUAAGAGUCGAAUACACUGCACAGCACUUAGUCUGAGAUAAGUCAAGUAUGUAUGCAACGAUGAGCAUGUAUAGUCAGAAUCAAGGUCUCCAGGAUUUUCCGUGACGCUCUCCUGCACAAAGAGAGCCUGUUUUAUGACUGCCAAACAAACCCUAACCAAAUCCCUACUGAAAAGACUUAUGCUCUCGAGGCCUGCUGCCAGCCUACCUCUCUGGAGAUUAGCUGUAUAGAAUUAGGAUGCGUGCUACAGGAAAAAGCCAUUUAAGCUGAGGUCUUUACUGCAGUGAAUUGGAACUGGGAAGCAGAAAUCUUUUUAUGGAUAUCUGUUUCUGAUCCUGGUUUACUGCCUGAUGGUAUUGAUGAUCCCUUUAGUCCAGAAUAGUUAGUUAUUUAAGACCACAAUGCAGUUAUUUAUUUGCAUUUUUAGACAGCCUGAAGUUUAGACAGCUGCAAAGACACCAAAAGAUUGUUUACAUGGAUCUCCUUCUUUAUUUUAUUACGCUGUGUCAUCUUUUUCUUUGCUGUCUGUGUUUUACACAUUUUAUUUGAACACGUUCAGUGUUCGGUCUCACUUUUAUGGAUUUGUGAAUCUUUCUCAAUGACACUCUGACCUUGCUCUCCGUGUUUGCCUUGUGCUUCUUCUUCUCCUUCUUUUUUUUCAAGCUGGGAUCUCUUUCUCUUUUUUCUGCACAUUCCAAAUGCUCUUUUGUGAUAUUCGAUUCUUUACAUAACUGUGAUUAUUAUUUCUGCUAAUUAAUUUGUGUUUCAAUUUUUAAUGUCAUGUGAUUACUGGUGUUUUUAAUUCCUGAUUGCAAAAAGAGAUUAUUUUAAUCUCUGUAGCUGUAAUUGUGACAAUGUCUGAUUUAUCAGUUGUGAACUGAUUGUAAAGUGAAACUUAAUAGUAUAUUCUGUGGGGUUGUGUGUGGCAGGUGUGGUGUGUAUAGUGUGUGCGUGUAUGUGACUCACUUAUUGUGAUGUGAAAUUUAUCUUUUAUAUCCUAUAUAAUUUAGAUUCUUACUUUCCCUCACUGACUCCCCAACAUUCUGUCCUACAUUCCCUUUGUCCUGAAUGGAGAGGUAUAAGAGAUACACAGCAAAAUAUUUCUUUAUAACCACAAAGAAGCUAAAAAGCACAAAGAUUGAUCAGGCACAAGCUCUACACUUGCGAACACACACACACACACACACACACACACACACACACACACACACACACACACACACACAAAACCUCUUUUUAAGGAGUUCUCAACUGUACACUAGAUUUAAGAUCCUCUGAUGUAGGGUGUACAAUGAAUACCUAAAUUACUGUAGUGUGAUAUAAUUUAUAUUGAAUAUGUGCUUUUUUAAAUAGUUGCACAUUUCUAUAGUCAAUAAAUGAUGUAUUAUUCGAUCCAUAACAUAUUUAAAACCCUAUAACAAAACCAGAGAAUAUACUUUGAAUAUUAUGACCAAUAUUGAAGAUUCCCAUUUAGUAGUUUAGAUGUUAUUUCCCUAAGAUUUGAAUACAUAUGAUGUGAGUAUAAGUAAUAUGGAUAGUCUAUAUGAUAACCAGCUUAUAUGCAAUAAAAUUAAAAAUAAAAAUGAGACACUAUAAACAGGAGGACUACCCUGUCGGAUCUCUGAAGCUUUACAGUGUAAUGCAGCUUUUGUGGAUUCUGUUAGCGGCUGUAGAAGCAGCACAUCUAACUCCUAACACCUUGUUGUCUUCUUUCACGAGGCAUAGUGCAAUUAAACACUUUAAACACACAGCACUCUUUCUCUAUUUGAUGGGGAAAUUGUUUCAAAGCAAAGGAAAUCCUUGCUGUUUUCAAUGCACAACAUGGAUUGACAAUGUGUUGCAUUCCUGUGUCAGAGAUGGUUGUUCAAUAAAAUGGUUUUGUCAUGA